AUGGAUAAUUUAUCUGGAAAGCCACCUUCCUCAGCUUUAAACUCCCUUUCUGAAUCCGCUAAUUGUCCCCCUUCUCCCUCGAGCCGGAAAUCAAAAACAAAGACGGCUUUCCAAUCUGCAUUUCAUCGUUCAAAAGGAAAGCGCCCUCCAAGACUUACCGUCACUUCUGAUUUUUCCGAUGGUUCUCUAAACUCACCCGCCCUAUCAUCACCGGGUUAUGCCUUAGACUCAUCCUCCGAAUCAGAGCAUCGUCCAGAUUUUAGCACAUCUAAAAAUAUUUCAAAUCGUGUCUCUAGUGCAUUAAAAUUGACGAUUCCUAAACGCUGGAAACGCUCCUCAAAACCAAACUCUCCCCAAUCUGCUUCAGCCCAUUUACCUACUGGCUUCCAUCAACAGCCUUACCAUGCUAGAACAUACUCUCCCGAAAGAAACCUUCAAUCCUUAAAUCACUCUUCAUCUUUCCCAGCUCAGCCAUUACCUAACCUCGACUCUCCUGCUUCCGUUGCUGAUCUUCCAGAUUCUUCACAGCAGCGUAACACUUUAGACGAGCUGGCCGCUUCCACUCUCUCCAUCCUUCCGCUGCAAACCUCCAAAACAUCUUUCUUUGUAGGGUCACCUUCCCGUUCCUCCACGGAGUCAAAUGGCUCCUACAUAUUCCGCACCAAAUCUUCAAAUUCAUUCUCUUCUAGUUUGAGUAUCCCUAGUCCAACAUCCAAUCGGUCGGCUAAUUUUGAUGAACAUGGUCCGUCCUCGUCAUCUGAACUAAAUACAAUAAAAUUGAGUCUUUCUGAUUUUUCUCUACCGUCGGUGGAGUACGGAGAGACCCCUAUCGCUUUCUUAGACCGACUACAAGCUUCUGUUCCUGCGCGAUUUAUGCCUGGUCUUCUUUCACAGUCCAACCACUCGUUUAUGAAGAUAGCUUUACGAAGGUACUUGUCUGAUCUGCCUUUAAAAGAAAUAGCACUUGAUAUGGCUCUUAGGAAAUUUCUUGCUCUUUUUAUUCUUCCUCAAGAAACCCAACAAAUUGAUAGAGUCUUGAGCUCUUUUUCAGAUCAAUACUACCAUUGCAACCCAUCAUUUUAUGAGUCUUCCGAUGAAUGUUAUAUUUUAACUUUUUCAUUAAUGAUUCUUCAUACGGAUUUCUACAACAUAAAUAAUCGUCAAAAGAUGACGAAAAGCGAAUUUAUCGCAAAUACGAAUUUGCCCAAUAUUUUGCCUGAAAUCUUGGAAUGCUUUUAUGAUAAUAUUACUUAUACUCCAUUCGUUCAUGUUGAAGAAGACCCUAGUUCGUUAAUUUCACCUGCUGGUGAAAGAACCAGUUUUUCUCAACGCUUCAGCGAUUCUCAAUUUCGCUUAUCCAAAAGAAAUCCACUUGCUACCGAAAGCCACUUUGUGGGGAUUGAGCGACAGUUAACAGGUUUUCGACUAAAUUUGCAGUCUAUACUUCGUUAUGAUCAACUUGAUGGUAUUCCUGUUGCUGAUAGUUCGAUAUGCCCAAAUGCCAGUGAACAUUAUAAACAGUUUAUGACUGCCCCUUAUAUUCAAAUAGUCUCCCAUCGUUCUCAACCUCAAGCAUUCUCUUUCCAUUUUGCUCCCGAAACGGAAAGCGAAAGCACAAAUCCAGCUGUCGUAAACAUAAAAGUUGUCAAGCUUGGAAUAGUCGUUCAAAACGAAAGGGCACGAAAAGAAAAAUUAGUUUCUGGAAGAGAAGUUGGCGUAAUCUUGACAAGUUCUAAACUAAUGUUUUUUAAGAAUCUUUCGUGGAUAGAGGGCUUGAUUUCACAGUUGCAAGAGUUUCACAGCUCUACUAGAUCUCCACCUCAUUAUUUUACUCCUUCUUUGACAUCUCUUAGUCCGGAUUAUAUAAUACCGCUUUCAAAUUUGGUUGCCUUUACUGAAAAGAAAAACGACACUGACGGCAGUUAUUCCUUUAUUAUAAAACAGAGAAAUUCCACGACUUACGUGCUUUCUACUGAAUCAGAGCAUGAGAUGAACGACUGGAUACAUAAAGUAAAUUUCGUUAGCGCCUUCGCCACGUCCGGCAUAGCUCCCAGAGAAAAGCUUUGUUGUGUAGAUCAAUCGGAUACUAGCGUCAAAGCUUCAGUGAGCGUUCUCCCGGAAAUUGAAGAAGACAAGGAGGCUAUGACGAAAGUAUCUCACGAGACAGGAUCUGAAAUGCUAGAAUGCUCAAAACUUCGGAUUUUUAUUGUUCAGAACAGAAUCUGUAAGUUGGAAGAACGUCUGCAAGAAGUGGAGUCUAAGUUUAUUAUUGAGAAGGGAAAUGUAGAUAAUCUGUUACGUAUGGCGCCAAUUCAAAGCCGAACGCGCGUUCGUCUUGUGCGCGCCGCGAAUAAUUUGCGAAAAGUCUUGCGAGUGCAUAUAAUUGAGCUUUGCAAACUCAAAUCAAGCAUUAAAGUAUUAAAGGAGGAUUUGGAGUUGGAUAAUCAUUUACAACGAUAUCUUCAUUCGGUCUUUCCUCCUCCUUCUUCAAAGAAAGAGAGUUCGUCCACUGUACUGUACCCGUCAGGAUAUGCCGGUGAUCGGACACUGUCAAACGCUUCCAAACGAAGGAAUCAGUUGAGACUCGGAAACAAUUCGGACUUGCAGAAUUUACGUGCAAAAUCUUCCGAAUCGGAAGCGCUAGAUGUUGAUGUUCAAGACAAAAUCGAAGAUACAAGCUGUCCGAUAGUUAAACAGGAUAUCGUCACUUUCAAUGGCCAAAGGCUGAGUGUUGUGGAGGUCCCUGAUGAUUUUGUUCCUGGAAAGCUUGCUCAAGAAAACACUCAGUCAGAAGCUAUUAUCCGCUGA